GGACCUGGCAACACUGUCACGCCUGCCUAAAAUUAAACAUGGCGGCAUAGAUGAUGCCGCAUGCUGGCUGAGGGAGGAAUUGAAUUUACAAGUUGAAAGAAUGGCGGGAAUACCGGACAAAUCGUGGCAACCUCCACUCGUCACCUUAGAAACAACGAUGGGCAAUGUCACCUUAGAGCUGUACUGGAAGCAUGCACCAAACACGUGCCGCAAUUUUGCCGAGCUCUCGAGGAGAGGCUACUACAAUGGUGUCAAGUUCCAUCGCAUCAUCCCGGACUUCAUGAUCCAAGGAGGAGAUCCCACAGGAACAGGUCGAGGUGGAGCGUCCAUAUAUGGAAAGACCUUUGCGGAUGAAAUUCAUCCAGAGCUCAAGCACACUGGUGCAGGUGUACUGUCCAUGGCCAAUGCCGGCGCAGACAGUAAUGGCAGUCAGUUCUUCCUUACCCUGGCACCCACACAGUGGCUGGAUGGAAAGCACUCCAUUUUUGGACGCGUUUAUUCCGGAAUGGGCAUCGUUCAGCGCAUUGGCAUGGUCCCCACGAAUGCAGAUGACCAACCUUUGGAGGAUGUCAAGAUUGUCCGGGCAUACUUGCCCAACAUAAGGACAUGACAUUUGCUUUAGACUCAUGUACAUCAUCAUCAAUGUGUAUGUGCUGCAUUUUUCACAUUAAAAUGUGCUUUGUUAGA